AUGUUCCUCAACCAGGUCCUCGUCCUGCGCCUCUUGCAAGGAAUAUUGGCCUUCAUUGCCAUGGCACUCGGAGCAACCGUGGCCAACGCAUUGAACACCCACCAUCCAGCCCUCGCUGUCCCUUCGUCCCUGGUCUUCUUCAUCUUCACAGCCGUCUUCACCAUGCUAGUCACGGUCCCUUACACGAUUGUGGCCCCUCGCUACUUCCCCGUCCUGGCCCACCCGUUCGCCAUGCUCGCAGCCGAAUCCAGCACCGCUCUCUUCUGGCUCAGCGGCUUCGCAGCAAUCGCAGACAUCAUGAGCAAACCGACCAUCUGCGCCAUCGGAGCGUGUCCCUCGGCCAAAGGAUGUAUUGUCGUCGGUGUUUUUGAAUUCAUUCUCUUCGCGACAACCGCUUUCUUCGCUUUCUCCCAUGUCUUCCUCGGCGGUAGAUUCGCUGCUGGAAACAAUGGCCCGAAGAAGCAUCAACAGCAGCAGCAGCCACAAGUACAUCGAGCCUGGGCUGGCGCAGAAGUGGUCUAA